CAUCUGAAUGAAUAGCUAAACAGUGAGUCUGGUUACAGUGUUUGUUGCUCUGUCUGAGCGUGUGUGUGUGUGUGUGUGUGUCUCUUUGAUUAGUUAAUCAUUAGAUAGACAAAUUAUUUGUUUGCUUAUCACAUUUGUCCUAUCCUCUGAAUUUACCUUUAAUUUGUUACAUAGGAAUCCACCCUAUGGAAAAACAUUAUAAUAUAAAAUUAACUGUGUAUGUGUGUGGGUGUUGAAACCACCAACAAAACAUUUUUUUAAUAUAUAUAUAUAAUCUUCUGUUAUCUAUCCCAACCUUGGUUCUAUUUUGCAAGCACACAGUGGAAGAUCUCAAAUAAUGAAGAGGUUCAAUAACUCAAACACUAUGGCUUCUUUGCUUUCCAUAUAUCCAUCCAAAGGGGUGGAUGAGAGGAAUGAAACAAAAGGUUAUAGUGAAGAAUUUCAAGCAAUGUUAGAUAGAUUGGAACAAGAAGAUAGUUAUGAAGAUGCUAGUUUAAUGUUAGAGAAGAAAAGAAGAUUGGGUUUUGAUCAAGUGAAAGCUUUAGAAAAGAGCUUUGAGUUGGACAAUAAGCUAGAGCCAGAGAGAAAAGUGAAACUAGCUGAAGAAUUAGGCUUGCAACCUAGACAAGUUUCGAUUUGGUUCCAAAAUCGUCGUGCUCGUUUGAAAACUAAACAAUUGGAGAGAGAUUAUGGUGUUCUUAAGUCCAAUUUUGAUGUUCUUAAGGUUGAGUAUAGUAAUCUUCAGCAAGAGAAUGAAGCUCUUACUACAAAGGUAAGAGAAUUGAAAGCAAAAUUAUUAAGAGAUGAAAGCAAUGAGACAGAGAAAGAAGAAUCUCCAAUUUCAAGUGGUGUGGUUAAGGAAGAAAUUAGCAAUGUUGAUGAUUCAUCUUUGUGUUUCAAUGGAUCUUAUGUGCCAAGUACAACAAGUUCAAUGAUAAAUUUGGUUCACUAUUAUGAUUCAAGAGGGUCUCCUGAAAAAAUAUUUCAGAAUCACUUUAUGAGAAUGGAGGAGCAAAAUUUCUUUAGUGUCAGUGAAUUAUGCAAUUUCUUUUCUGUAGAUCAAUCUCCUACUUUGUGAUAAAUUGGAUUUGGUAGUUUAAGAAUAAUGUCACUACCAAGAGAUCAUAUCUGUUAUGAUCAUUGAAGAAUUAAUACAAGUUUUGUAAUAAUAGAAUAUAAGUAAAUCAUACUAUAAGAUUUAAAUAAUUCCUUAUUAA